CGUUCAGUGUUGUCUGUCCUCCUUGGCUUCGCUUUUGUGUCAGGAUGCUGCUUGUGAUGUUUAAAUGUCCUUUCGUCAUUUCUGGUUAAACGUGCACGGCAUUUGGUGGCUUUAAUGUUCCGUGCGGCUAACCGAAAAAGCAUCGGCAAAGCGGGGAACGGCUGGCACUUUCGCCGGACAAUGGACGAGCUGGUCCAUGAUCUGGUGUCAGCCCUGGAGGAGAGCUCGGAGCAGGCGGCGCGCGGCGGCUUCGGUGACGGCGGAGAACACGCUUUGAACGUGGGCUGCCUGCUGAAGAGACAGGCCCGGAAGCGCCGGGGACGCAAACGGCGCUCCGACAACCCUCACCCGCCCUGGGAGACGGCCCACCUGAGCGAGGGCUCCGAGUCCAGCGUCGAAGAGCACAAGGACUACCGUGCUGGCACAGGAAUUGUGUCCACCGCAAACAACCACACUCGCGACAACAGUGACUCGGACGAGCAGCUGGGCCCCAAACGCCGCACGCCGCAGACAUCCGACGUGGGUAGGAGCAAGCGGCCUCUUUGGCCGGACGACCCGGGCGUGCUAGGGUCCGCCGAGGGAACCCGCAGCCUCAGGCGACGACGCAAGGUCAAGCGCAUGGCUGUGGAUCCCCCAGCCGAACCGGACCUCCCCUCCGCAGUGAUGCCGGCCCCACCGUCCGUCCCCAAGGCUCGCGCGGCGGGCGCCGGGCCCAGCCGGCCGAGCCCCGGCGAGGGCCGGGCGGUCAUGGAAAUCUGUGGCGGCGGCCCGUUCCCGGGGAUGGGAAGUAAGAACAGAAUGAAGAAGAGGAAGCUGGCCCCCCACAGGCUGGGGGCGGAGGCUGCCGAUGAAGGAGUAGUGGUGGAGAGCGAGGAGCCCGUCUCAUCUGUGGGGGAAGGAUGCAAGGACAAGAUGGAGCUGGAGGAGCACAAGGGCUCUGAUGAGGAGAUGAGCGACAGGUGUGAAACCAGCAGCGUGAGUAACAGCAGCGACGGAGGCCUCUACACCAACGACGAAGGCCGGCAAGGUGACGACGAGCAGAGCGACUGGUUCUGCGAAGGAGAACCCGGCUCGGGCAGCGUGGGUGCUUGCGGGGUGGCGGGUGUCAUCCCUUGGUGGGAGAGCGAUGCCUGCGCAGAGGACCUGGACCUGAAUGACCCAGUCUUCAGCAACAUCCUCACGGGCUCCUUCCCCCUCAUGAGCCCCAACGCCAGGAGAGGGUUCCAGGCCCGGCUCAGCCGACUCCACGGGCACCCGAGGCCCUGUAACGACCUGCUGCAGGGCGGCAGCAGUCAAGCCUUCGACAACGGUCACGAGCCGUGGUUCAGCUCAAGCUCGAGGAGGGAACAUGGGCAAUUACACUGGGACCCUCGGACGGAACGAGGCCAUCGUAGGAGCUGCUCGGUAAAAACGGCCAACAGACAGACGAGCGGCCACCUGGGCUCCCUGUGCAUGGGCGACGUCAAGCGGAGGCGGAAGGCAGCCCCCCUCGGGUCCACGGCGUCCUCAGCUGUGGUGGGCGAGAGCGCGCUGCCUAUUCCCGACACCAACCUGGGCAACCGCAUGUUGCAGAGCAUGGGAUGGACUCCGGGUGUGGGCCUGGGUCCCGAGGGGCGGGGCAUCACCGAGCCCAUCCGGGCCCUUCAGAGACCGAAAGGCACGGGGUUGGGUUUCAACUGAUCGCCGACGAGCCAACUCGUUGUGUGACAUCAAAGCUGCGGGGGGGAAAUCUGCGUGACGAAUACUUGAUUUCCCAUAUUGGGGAGUUGGAAGUGACCCGAAGCCAAGACUGAGAUCUUACGACCUUUUCUGCCUCAUCAAACAAGCGUUCAGGCCACCAGAAAAGUUGAGCCACUGAUGAACUCCAGCUUGGACUGCGCAGGUCAGUGAAAUUGUUGCGCGCAAUCUGGAGCUUACGUCAAGAUUUCUCGUAGUGUCACGAGGUGAAGUUAUAACGUGUGGAUGGAUGCGCAUCACUCCAUGUUGUCUUCAUCUCGAGGAAAAAAAAAAACAUCUGCGUGUUUUGUUUUGUUCUUCAAGGUAACGUAUGUGCAGCUCUUUGGGACAAAUUUAAAUGAUUUUUUUUUUUUUUUACCGUAUUUUCACGACCAUACGGUGCACUGUCUUAAAAGGCGCGGUGUCAGAUAUGGGUGCGCUUUCUGUAUUUAAUUCAUACACAAGACACACUGCAUUAUUGUACGGAGGCCUGGUAAAAUGCAUGCUAGCUUCCAAAAUAGCUGCUAGCAUGCACGCACGCUAGCGUAUGUUUUUAAAAAG